AUGGUGAAGGGCGGCCGCCGGCGGAGGUGCGGGAGAAAGCUGUUAAGUUCCUUUCUGGUGGUACCGGGGCUCUCGCCGUAGUGGUGUGUCGUGACGUGAGGACUUUGCGGAUUUUGGCGCAGCCUGCCCCUGCGGCUUUCAGCACCCGGCGGGAAGAAGCCGGCGUCCGGUGUGCGCCCUAGUGCCAGAGAAUAACAUAACGGUUGAGAGGAUCAACAUGUUGUCCAACUUGAGAAAACUUACAGUGAAUCACAAGAAAAUACACAUCCUGCACAUUAAUGAUAUAUGUUGCUCUAAAAUGAGAGCAAGUUUACAAACACUAAAGCCAUAUGUGUCUCUAGGAAGAAACUACAGUUCUCCACCAGGUUUAAUAGGAAAUGAUAUCAAAUCCCUUCAUUCUGUCAUCAGUCCUCCCAUAGCCAAAAUCCGUAAUAUUGGAAUUAUGGCUCAUAUUGAUGCAGGCAAAACUACCACCACAGAAAGAAUAUUGUACUAUUCUGGAUACACAAGAUCACUGGGAGAUGUUGAUGAUGGAGACACAGUGACAGAUUUCAUGGCUCAAGAGAGAGAAAGAGGCAUUACUAUUCAGUCUGCUGCUGUUACAUUUGAUUGGAAGGGGUACAGAAUCAAUUUAAUUGAUACUCCAGGUCAUGUGGACUUUACGUUGGAGGUUGAGCGCUGCCUCAGAGUGUUGGAUGGUGCAGUAGCUGUGUUUGAUGCCUCUGCUGGUGUAGAGGCCCAGACUCUCACAGUAUGGAGGCAAGCUGAUAAACACAGGAUACCUCGAAUCUGUUUUUUAAACAAAAUGGACAAAACUGGCGCAAGUUUUAAAUAUGCGGUUGAAAGCAUCAGAGAGAAGUUGAAGGCAAAGCCCUUACUUUUACAGUUACCACUUGGUGAAGGCAAAGCUUUCAAAGGAGUUGUGGAUGUAGUAAGUAAAGAAAAACUUCUUUGGAAUCCUAAUUCAGAUGAUGGAAAAGACUUUUUGCGGAAACCCCUUUUGGAAAUGAGUGAUCCUGAGUUGCUUAAGGAGACAACGGAAGCAAGGAAUGCCUUAAUUGAACAGGUUGCAGAUUUGGAUGAUGAAUUUGCUGACUUGGUUUUAGGAGAAUUUAGUGAAAAUUUUGAUUUGCUACCAGCUGAACAGGUAAAUUUUAUUUAUUUUCUGAUAAACCUAAGUUUUUCUUUGAUCUUGGUUAUAUUUUCUUCCUCUCUUAACCAGACUGUCCUAUGUGGUAUGGGGGAGUUACAUAUUGAGAUUGUUCAUGACCGAAUCAAGAGAGAAUAUGGAUUGGAAACCUAUCUAGGGCCUCUCCAGGUGGCGUACCGAGAGACCAUCCUGAAUGCAGUUUGUGCCACAGAUACCUUAGAUAGAACGUUAGGAGACAAACGGCAUCUUGUGACUAUAGAACUGGAAGUAAAACCCACUGGAACAGCCUCUGUUGUGCCAGUUAUCGAGUACGCUGGAAGUGUUCUUGAAGACCUUCCAAAGGCCUCCCAAGAGGCCAUUGAAAAUGGAAUUCACAGUGCGUGCCUCCAAGGACCACUGCUUGGAUCCCCAAUUCAAGAUGUGGCAGUUACUGUACAUUCACUGAUAAUUCAUCCUGGUACCUCCACAACUAUGAUUUCUGCCUGUGUCUCAAGAUGCGUACAAAAGGCUCUGAAGAAGGCUGAUAAGCAAGUUUUAGAGCCCCUGAUGAAUCUCGAGGUUACAGUCACAGGAGAUUACCUCAGCCCUGUCCUGGCAGACCUGGCACAAAGAAGAGGGACCAUUCAGGAAAUCCAAACCCGUCAAGAAAACAAAAUUAUUAUUGGAUUUGUUCCUCUAGCAGAAAUUAUGGGUUAUUCAACUGUGCUCCGAACGCUAACAUCAGGCUCCGCUACUUUUGCCUUAGAACUAUCUAAUUAUCAAGCCAUGAAUCCUCAAGACCAAACGACACUGCUCAGCCGGCGAAGUGGCUUGACCCAAGUGCUUUGAAACUCUGGAGCCCCGACCUACUGCGUGUUCAUUUCACCCAACACGGAGUUCAAUCUCAAUGAAGCAUGACCUGAGCCA